CUCAUUGAAAUCUUGGCCGGAUCUUAUUCGGAAUAGAAGUGCGUCAACGGACACUUAUCUGGGUAUAACUUUGUUUGAAAUGGACCAAACUGUAGCAAUGGUUGGAGGAAUAAGACAGGAAUAAAGAGAGAAUAAGCGUGGGAACCCCAUCGCCCCAGAAAAAGGAAAAACACGAAGAGAGAAUAAGCGCGCGCGGGGAGAGAGAUGGAGGCCGGCGACAUGGACGAGGCGAUUAGGAAGCAAUUCCCACUCUCCUUUGGCAAGCCGUCUAAGGCCCAGCCCCAGUCUUCCGCCGUCCACUCCUUCACCCGGCGGACCUCCGCCGCCUCCGUAAACCCUAGCCCUAGCUCCCUCCCGGCGCCGGGGAACCUUGGCACAGGAGAUGCCGCUGGUCGACGGCACGGUGGGGGAGAGGAGGAGGAUGACGGCGUGAUGAUUGGGCCUCCCCCGCCGCCCCCGGCAGUCGCUCAGGCGGAGCCUGAGGCGGAUGAUGGGCUGAUGAUUGGGCCUCCACGGCCGCCGCCGGCUUCGGAACAGGGAGAUUCGGACGAUGGUUCGGACUCUGGAAUGGAUGACUCGCCGGAUGAUUUGCCUCGGAUUCCUCUAAGUAAUGAGAUCGUGCUCAAAGGGCAUUCGAAGGUUGUUUCAGCUCUUGCUGUUGACCAUUCUGGAUCAAGAGUCCUUUCUGGUAGCUAUGAUUAUACUGUCCGUAUGUAUGACUUUCAAGGGAUGAACUCGAAAUUGCAGUCUUUCAGACAGUUGGAACCAUUUGAGGGACACCAAGUACGAAGUUUAAGCUGGAGUCCAACAUCAGACAGAUUUUUAUGCGUCACAGGUUCAGCACAGGCUAAGAUUUUUGACCGAGAUGGGCUUACCUUGGGCGAGUUCAUAAAGGGGGACAUGUAUAUACGUGACCUGAAAAAUACAAAGGGGCAUAUAUCUGGAUUGACUGGUGGAGAGUGGAACCCUAAAUCAAAAGAGACUAUCCUAACUUCUUCAGAAGAUGGUUCAUUGCGGAUAUGGGAUGUAGUUGACUUCAAAAGUCAAAAACAGGUUAUCAAGCCUAAACUAGCAAGGCCAGCAAGAAUUCCAGUUACAGCAUGUGCUUGGGAUCGCGAAGGCAAGUGCAUUGUUGCUGGCAUUGGGGAUUGUACCAUACAGUUAUGGAGCAUCAAACCUGGAUGGGGGAGCAGACCAGAUAUACAUGUGGAGAAAGCACAUGCUGAUGAUAUUACUGGACUUAAGUUUUCUACAGAUGGGCAGAUUCUUCUGUCAAGAAGCACUGAUUUUACACUUAAGGUUUGGGACUUGCGGCAAAUGAAAAGUCCUGUUAAAGUUUUUGAAGACCUUCCAAAUCAUUAUGCUCAGACAAAUCCUGCAUUUAGUCCCGAUGAGCAACUAAUAUUUACUGGAACCUCUGUUGAAAAGGAAGGCACAAGUGGAGGUCUACUCUGCUUCUUUGACCGAAGGAAACUUGAGCUUGUAUCAAGGGUGGGGAUUUCUCCUAAAUAUAGUGUUAUAUGCUGUGCUUGGCACCCAAAGAUUAAUCAGGUCUUUGCAACAGUCGGUGACAAGAAAGAAGGAGGAACUCACAUACUUUAUGAUCCAUCUAUCAGUCAGAGAGGAGCUCUUGUAUGUGUUGGACGAGCUCCAAGGAAAAAGUCUGUUGAUGAUUUCGAGGCACAACCAGUUAUUCACAACCCGCAUGCAUUGCCCUUAUUUAGAGAUCAGCCUAGCCGUAAACGUCAACGAGAAAGAGCAUUGAAAGAUCCCAUUAAAUCACACAAGCCAGAACUUCCUGUCACAGGUCCAGGCUUUGGUGGAAGAGUUGGUGCCACUAAAGGCAGCUUGUUGACCCAGUAUCUUUUGAAGCAAGGUGGUUUAAUCAAGGAGACUUGGAUGGAAGAAGAUCCAAGGGAGGCAAUACUUAAAUAUGCUGAUGUUGCAUCAAAAGACCCCAAGUAUAUUUCACCUGCAUAUGCAGAGACUCAGCCGGAACCUGUUUAUGCAAAGUCUGAUUCUGAAGAAGAGGAGAAAUAAUCAAUCUCUGGAAAACAGCUGAUUCCCCUGCUUUGCAGUCCUUCAGAAAUGAGCACCUGCUGCCUGAGAAGAAGCAUCAAGACAGUCAAGCUUUAGAAGAAUUUUGGAAAAAAAAGGUGGCAAUCUUGUUUCUUUUAACUUCUAUUCCAGUGUGACCUGCUCUGAUAGAAGAAAGCAUGCGUGCAACUUUUAAAUGGAAAUGUGUGCAUUGAUCAUGUACCUGGUACUGUUAGAUGAUUGUGACAGUUUCACAAGGUAGCAGUUGGAUGCCUUCUGCAGUGUCAGUUGUGUGUGAACAAUAAUGUUUGAUGCACACAAGCUAUAUGGCUGUUGGUCUUUGAAUCCAGGGUUCACUUUUACUUUUUAUUUUUUUAGGGGAACUGUUCAGAUAAAAUUUGUAAGAUAAAGAUACUGUGUCUUGAUCAUCCAGAUCUCUAAGUUGUCUCAUUGGAUUGGUGGGGCUUUUUCUC